AGCAGGCUCUUCGGGCCUCCAGGAUGCCUGUCCCUGCUUCCUGGUCCUGGCCUCCUCCUUGCCUGCUGCUGACUCUUCUGCUGGGCUUCACAGGAGGGGCAGGUGAGGAGCUGCAGGUGAUUCAGCCUAAGUCAGUGUCAGUGGCAGCUGGAGAGACAGCCACUCUGAGCUGCACUGUGACCUCCAUUCUCCCUGUGGGGCCCAUGUUUUGGUUCAGGGGGACAGGGCCAGGCCGGGAGUUAGUCUACAGUCAACAAGGAGGCCACUCCCCCCGAGUAACAAAUGCUACAGAUACCACGAGGAAAAACAACAUGGACUUUUCCAUCCGCAUCAGCAACAUCACCCCAGCAGACACCGGCACCUACUACUGUGUGAAGUUCCGCAAAGCAGAGCCUGACAACACGGAGCUCAAGUCUGGAGCAGGCACUCGGCUCACCGUGAGUGCCCAACCCUCUCCCCCCGUGGUGUCAGCCCCCACCAGGAGGGCCACACCUGGGCAGACAGUGAGCUUCACCUGCGAGUCCCAUGGCUUCUCCCCCAGGAACAUCGUCCUGAGAUGGUUCAAAGACAGGAAUGAGCUCCCAGCCUCCCAGACCACUGUGGACCCAGAGGGAGACAGCCCUUCCUACAGCAUCUCCAGCACAGCCAGGGUGCGGCUAGCCUGGGGGGAUGUCCGCUCCCAGGUCAUCUGCCAGGUGGACCAUGUCACUCUGAAGGGGGGCCCUCCUCUUCGUGGGACUGCCAACCUGUCUGAGGCCAUCCAAGUUCCACCCACCUUGGAGGUUUCCCAACACACCCUGUCAGAGAACCAGGUGAACAUCAUCAUCUGCCAGGUGAAGAACUUCUACCCCCAGCACCUACAGCUGACCUGGUUGAAGAACGGAAACAUGUCCCGAACAGAAACGCUGUUAACCCGAGUGGAGAACAAAGAUGGGACCUUCACCUGGAGGAGCUGGAUCCUGGUGAAUUUACCUGUCCGAGGGGAGGCCGUGGAGCUCACCUGUCUGGUGCAGCAUGAUGGGCAGCUGGCCGUCAGCAGGAACCUCACCCUGGAGGCCUCCCCUAACCCGAAGGGCCCGAGCACAGAUGGACCUUCUGGUUCACAGACAUCUGCCAUUAUUUUUGUGAUGUUUCUCCUGGGCCUCAAGGUGCUGCUGGUAAUGAGUUUCACAGUCACCUACAUCCACAGGUGGUGGAAUCUGUAACAGGGGCUCCGUUGGAGAGAAGAAGCUUCAAGGACCUGCAGGUGACCCAAAACCCUGGCCCUUUACUCUGCCAGCCCCACCUGAACCAUGAACACGCUCCUGCACACACCCUCCUGAUGGUCCUGCUCUCUGACAAUGAACAUGAGUCAAGGAUAGACUUUGGUCAUGGGGAAUCCAAGAUGUCUGGACCUAGAUGCACUGAGCUUCAAACUGACCCUGCCUUUUCCCAAAAGAGGCCCCUCCAGGGCAAGGCAAUGGGUUUCCAUUCUUUUUUAUUGUAAACAACCUUUAAUAUUCAGAGAAGAUUUUACUUUACCCAGAGAUUUUGCAAGUAUGAUUUCAUUUUAGCACAUAGAUAUUUAAAACCACUAAGCUGAAUAAGCAUUCUGGUAUUCUGAACUAUAUAAUGAAUAAUGUAAAAAACCUAUGGACCUGCCACGAAGUCUUUGCAAAAUAGUAACAUGUUGCCUUAUGAUUUGUGUUCAUUUUGAAAAAUCUAUUCUGAAUUUGGUGUUAUUUUCUUGAGUGCAAUUUUAUACUUUUACAAUAUAUAUGAAAAUCUUUGAAAUAUUUUCAUGAAAUAUUUAAUUUUACUUUGCAUGCUUUAAAUUUUAUUUAAAUACUAUCAUACUGUAUACAACAUUCUGGAACUUUAUUGCUUAACAGUUUUGUGUGUUAUAUAUAUAUAGCCCCAUUUUUUUUGAUUUUCCAUGCUC